GUUUUUAUAUAAAACAAAUAGUCAUUUUAAAUAAUUACAAAGUAAUUAUAUUAUCUGAUAAGUGAUUUUUUCUCUCGUUGAAUAACCGAGAGUGUAGUUGAUAACUAUAUAAAUCAAAACGUUUCAAAUUAAUAUUUAUUUGGUGUUUAUGUUUCAUAAAGUACACCAAAAUGAAAAUUAAUUUAGAAAAUACCAGAUACAUGCAGUAUGCAGCUUCAGUUGCAGCCGCUUUGUGUUCAAUUUCAAUUGGAAUGAUGACUGCUUGGCCAUCACCAACAUUACCUAAAUUACAAGGGGAAGAUUCCCCCAUUGGAGAUCCAAUAACAGAUGAACAAGGUUCUUGGAUGGUAGCAAUAAUGUAUCUCACAGCACCUGCAUCAUUUAUAACUGGUUGGGCUGUGGACCACAUUGGUCGUAAAAAAACUCUUCUCUUUACAAGUUGUAUUAGCCUCAUAGCUUGGUUAUUGAUAAUGUUUUCAAACUCCAUAUUAAUGUUAAUUAUUGCAAGAGCAGUAGCUGGGAUCGCGAUGAGUUGUUAUAUACCAUCGGUGGUUAUCUAUACAGCCGAAGUUUCUGAGGAAGAUAUAAGAGGAAGAACUGGGACGUAUAUGAUGUUAUUCAAAACGCUAGGAACGAUUUUUGUUUUAAGUAUUGGUCCCUACGUUUCUUAUUUAACCCUAGCAAUAAUUUGUGGUUGCAUACCAUUAAUAUCAUUUUGCACAUUUUAUUUUAUGCCUGAAACUCCAUUUUAUUACGUAAAAAAUGGAAAUAAAGAGGAAGCCACAAAAAGUUUAUUGAUGUUGUCGAAGAAGAAUGUUACGGAGAAAUUCUUACAAGAUCGCUUGUUGUAUAUCGAACGAACAAUCGAAGAGGAUAUGAAAAAUAAAGGAAGUUUAAAAGAAUUGUUAACGAAAAAAGAAUAUCGAUUCACGAUUUUUUUGUUAUUUGGAGUUAAAUCGUUACAACAAUUUAAUGGUAACACUGCAUUGGAGGCUUAUAUCCAACCAAUCAUUGAGUCUUCUAACAGCGGAAUCGAACCAGAAAUUGCCAGCAUUAUUAUUGGAUGUAUCCAACUUCCUGCUGUUUAUUUAUCGGGGAUUUUAGUGGAUAAAUUAGGAAGAAAACCGUUACUUUUAACAUCAACAAUCGGUUGUAGCAUAGCUUUAUUUGGGGAAGGAACCUAUUUUUUAAUUAAAGACUACCUAGAAAAAAGUACAUCUGACAUCGGAUGGUUACCCACCACAGGAUUAGCACUUUUUUGGAUUUGUAAUCCAAUUGGGAUGAUGACUUUACCAUACGUUUUACUCGGCGAACUUUUCCCUACCAACAUUAAAGGAGUCGCCGUCGGAUUGGCCACUUUUUACGGCGGCGCCACUUCGUUCUUGGUUUCGAAAUUUUUUAAACCGCUCAGCAACGCCAUUGGAAUUUAUAGCGUUUUUUAUAUAUUUUGCGGAAUUUGCAUAGCCGGGACACUAUUCGUUUUUAUAUUUUUACCGGAGACAAAAGGAAAAAAUUUCCAGGAAAUCCAAGAAAUCAUUCAUAAGAAAAAAAAUGGAAUGAAAAAUUCCAACAAAGAUCAGAAUCUCAGUUAAUAAUACAACAAAACCUCAAUACAACGGAUUAAUACGGAGAAGGGAGCGUUCGUUAUACGA